AUGAAAGUCCUCUUGACAGGUACAUCAGGUAAUCUAGGUUCUCGAGUCCUCCAAUCCAUCCUCGAACACGACCUAAUCCCAACCUCCGACCUCAUCAUCUCAACCACUUCCCCCAACAAAGUCUCGACCCUAGCCAAACAGAAAAACAUACCCAUUGUCCAAGGUGACCUGACCCAACCAGAACAACUUCAAAGAUCCUACGCAGAUUCCGGGGCCGAUAUACUGUUCCUUGUCUCGUACCCAUCACCAAGUGUUGAGCGUUGGCUUCACCACAAAACAGCCAUCGAAGCCGCCAAGGCAUCAGGAUGCAUCAAGCUAAUCAUCUAUACAAGCUUGAUGUUUGGCGGGAAGACAGGCAUGCAAAGUGUGGCGGGUGUACAGCAGGCGCACAUCAAGACUGUUGAGUACCUUGCAGAGUCCGGGAUGGAUUAUGUUGUCCUACGACAAGGUAUUUAUGUGGAGAGCUGGUGGCUUUAUGCCGGGUUCCAGCCGUAUCCGAUACCGAAGGACAAUAGCGAUGAUAUUGUUUUUGUCAUUCCUGAGGAUGGUCCAGUUGCAUGGGUAACGUGGGAUGAUUUAGGUGAAGGUACGGCGAAAAUCUUGGCGAAACUUGCAAAGGGCGACAAGGAAUAUGUUGGUAAGACGCUGAAUUUGACGGGAUCGAGAGCUACGACUAUUACUCGUGUCGCGGAGCUGCUGGAGGAGAGGAGUGGAAGGAAGGUUGAGGUGAAGAUCGUGGGUAAGGAGGAGGCGAAGAAGUUUCAUUUGAAGGAUGGAAAGAGGGAGGAGUGGUUGGUUGAAAGUUGGGUGGGGUGGUUCGAUGGCUUAAAAAUUGGCGAGUGUGAGGUUGUCGAUCCGUUGCUUGGACAAAUACUGGGGAGAAGUCCAAGAGGUAUAGAAGAAUGUGCUCGGGAGCUUUUCUUGCCUCAGGAAGCACAGACCAAGGCGUGGCAUUAG